CUUGGGUUGGUCUGGUAUGGCACGGUGUGGAUUAGGAUGGCUUGGAGAGGGGGAGUGCUGCGGUGGUGGUGGUGGAGGUGGUGGUGCUGCGGUCCUGCGGUGGUGCUGCGUGCGUCUUGCUUGGUUGUCGCUGGGGCUGGGGUUGGUGGGUAGUGGUGGUGAGUUGCUCCUGCUGCUGCUCCUGCCACUCCUGCCGCUACUCCUGCUACGGCUUGUGCGUCUGGCUGUCUUGACCGUUUGGUCGUCGGAGGUCGUCGGGGGCUUCGCGUUGGUGCCUGUCAUUUGCCCUUUGCCUGGGCCUGCUCGUCGUCAACGUGCCUUCGCGCUUCGGAGCCUUCGUCGAUGGGAUAUGUAACCAAGUAUAUCUUUACCCACUUACCUUUGGUCCUCAUCGUGGUGCUUUCUUUGCUCCCCGAACCGAGCGUUUCCCUUUCCAUC